AUGUCUGCCUUACCCACCCCGCAAGGUCUUACCGAACGUGCCAAGAAGCUUGUUCAUCGAAUUGCCACUGCCGUCGAUACGGACCAUGGGUUUUCCUCUAUGGCACACUCCAUUUACGAUACAGCGUGGGUAUCAAUGAUCGUCAAGAAGGACGGACAAGGUUCCAGAUGGUUAUUUCCGGAAUGCUUCGGCUUCCUCUUGAAGGAACAAAGCAACAGUGGCGAAUGGUCUUCCUUCAAAUCGACUGACCCAGCACGCACCCCUUCCGCUGAUAUUUUGGUUCCAGACACCAUUAUCCAUACACUAGCGGGGCUUCUUGCUCUGUGCAUUCAUGCCAGAGUUAGGGAUUGCACAAAUGGCACCUUGCCAUAUAACAUGUCAUGCCGUAUUUCUCGUGCAAAGCGAUGGCUCAACGCCGCCUUGCAGCAAUGGAAGGUUUCUGAGACUACGCACUUCGGUUUCCAGCUACUUAUCCCGGUCCUUCUUCACCGACUGAAGGACGAGGAAGAUAUCUCAUUUACCUUUCCUGGCGAAGAAGAACUUUGGUCUAUGUACAACACUGCAGCAAAUAUGGAUAUUGAGUGGUUAUAUACCGAAAAGUGCAAAGUGCCAUUGCUUUGCUAUGAGGGUCUUUUAGGGAAGUUGGACUUUGCACGGAUUGGGCAUCAGGUAUCAUCUGAAGGCCUCGGUGCAUUGCCUGCAUCGACAGCGGCAUAUUUGAUGUAUGCGCCAACUUGGAGUAACAUGUGCGAGGAAUACCUACGCAACGUUAUAAACAACGGAAGUGGCCGAGGCACGGGAGGUGUGGCUUCGAUCUUCCCUCUUACCACAUUUGAGUCUAGUUGGGUUUUAACCACCCUGCUGGAAAAUGGAUUCAGUACCGAGGAACUGGGCGAAGGGAAUGUGGAUAAGAUUGUCCAAUUCCUCAAAAAGCAGCUGGAGUCGAAUGGGGGUCGUGUUGGUGCGACAACUAUUUGGGUACCUGACGCCGAUGAUACCGGUAGGGCACUCACUGCGCUCUUCUUGCACGGCCACAGCCCUAGCCUAGACAGUUUGAUCACAAACCACGAAGUCGAUACGUACUUCCAAACGUUUUUCGGUCGCAUUCCUAAUGCAGUCCCUAGCAUCAGCGUCAACUCUAAUGUUCUCAAUGCACUCCUCUCCAGCCCAGAUCCCCCAAAAGCACAAAUCAUUAAAUGCAUCAAGUAUUUGUGCAAUACCUGGAAGAACGAUAGCGUCCCUGGGGAUCACUGGAACACUUCAGAAUACUAUGCGAUCCUACACAUGACCUUCAGUUUAGCCAAAUUUCGCAUUGCCAACUCACGGGGCCUUCUCUGUACAGACCGUAACAUGAUGGACCUCGUGGAUUCUACACUUUCAAAGUCGAGGGAAUACACGUUGAAAACCCAAAACGAGAACGGAUCUUGGGGCAAACGACACUCAUUCGAAGAGUCAGCGUACGCAGUCUUGAUUUUGGCCAACCUCCUGACCAUCAACGAAACAACUAAAGAUCAACUUGCCAUUCGUUGUAGCAUUGAGGGCGGUAAACGGUAUUUGGCGAAAUGGAAAGGGCCUGAUCCGACCGAUCUAGUGUGGACGGGAAAGAUAUGGCUAGCAGAUCUAUAUAUUCAAGAAGCGUACGUUCUAGCAGCGUUGAAAGUUGACAUCGGCCGAUUUGCAGCCGGUGGUUGGACAAGCAAACUCAAGAAAUUCUUGCCUGCCCCGCAUCUUGAGUCGUUUGUCACAGAGGACCCUCAAAAGGAUUUGUCCAAAAAGUCCGACAGUCUCUGCUCGAGUAGCCGAAGCAGCUUUAAAUCGGGCUUCUCCGCGGCCAAUUCUCCUCUAAGCUCUCGACCAACAACCCCUGGGCUUGAGGCGAUUGAUCCAAAAAUACUUGAGCCCAUUGGCUACAGCAAUGGAAUUGAGCAACAGGCUUGUGCUGAAGCUGCCGCCGGGUUGAACUCACUAAGUCUCUCUACCACCGGUUUCGACACCAAAAAGAUGCCGCUUAGUUACACAAUGCGAUCGAAUUCCCCUGCGUCAGACCUUGUCCCCGAGCAGCCUGGUUGUGACAUUGACGAAGAAGCAAGACAGAGCAAGAAGUCCUCCCGAGAGGAACCGCCCACUUCAAUGCCUCCCAACGUUGAGAACACCCUAGAAAAUUCCCCAGAAAAAGAUGGGGCCAAACACGAUGAGGGCGAAUAUGAAGGCAGUCUCCAAGAGAAGGCAAGCGAUCGAAAACCGCGUUGUGAUAUUCCAAUUCAUCUCACCAAGACGAGAUCACAACAGCCUCGGCAUCAUUUGGAUGAACCGAGCCCUCAAAAACUGCGACAGAAACUCUAUGCAAAGGAGAGAAGAAAGAUGCUUGAAUUCAAGAGCCAGAAUCUGACCUUAAGGCAGAUUGGACCCCACUUCGCAGACAUAGAUACGGCCUUUCUGCGAGAGGCCUGGCAGGAUUUAGAGCUUCCCCAGCGAUGCACCAGAUCAGGGGCUAAUCGGACGGCCCGUCAGAGGUAUGCUCGCUAA